GGGCCGCUUCCGGCUUUUUAGCGGAAGUUUGACCGCGCGACGUCACGCCGUCCUUCCCUUUACCCGUGUCCUUGGUGGUUCUCGGCGGAGACGAGGAAGCGAUUGGUGGAGCCGUCAAGAUGUUUCGAACCCUUUUGGCUGUUCGGCAAGUUGCACAAAACCCCAUAAACUUUGCCUCUCGCAGGCAGCUUGCAAGCAGGGUUGCUGAGAAGCAGAAACAUUUUCAGGAAGAUAAUGGCAUUCCAGUGCAUUUGAAAAAUGGAAUCCUAGAUUCUACGCUGUAUCGAAUUACCAUGGCCCUUUCCGUUUUUGGACUUGGCUAUGCCCUCUAUUAUAUAUACGAAAUAGGAAAGCCAAAGAAAUAACUCCAGUUCAGAAGAUGCAUCCUGGAAUAGCAUCGUUCUGUUCCAUUCCAUUACAUUCAUCAAGGACUUGGUCCUUGUCAUAAAUACUUGAUUUUGUGUUUGGGAACAAUGUUUGUUAAAAAUGUAAUAACUGCUGUCAGUAAACUA